GAAGACCCUGGCACCGCCACCACUCGUCGUCAGCUGCAGCACCUGAACCAACCUGGAACGACCCACCUCUGAGCCGCACCGACCAUCCUCCUGAACUCUCCUCGACAUCAACCAGCCUGCACAAAGCACAAACACAUCACCAUUUCGCGGGACUAUCCGACCUCAUUUCGUGCAUAAUCUCCCACCGCAGCCAUGGCGAACGACGAAUACGAUUUCCUAUUCAAAGUGGUGCUCAUCGGAGAUUCGGGUGUCGGAAAAUCCAACCUGCUUAGCCGAUUCACGCGCAAUGAGUUCAACCUAGACUCCAAGUCGACCAUCGGCGUCGAGUUCGCCACGAGGUCGAUCCAGAUCGACAACAAGACGAUCAAGGCGCAGAUUUGGGACACGGCGGGCCAGGAGCGGUACCGCGCCAUUACCUCUGCCUACUACCGCGGCGCUGUCGGUGCGCUGCUCGUCUACGACAUCAGCAAGAGCCUCUCGUUCGAGAACGUGACCCGGUGGCUGAAGGAGCUGCGGGACCAUGCCGACAGCAACAUCGUCAUCAUGCUCGUGGGCAACAAGACCGAUCAGCGGCACCUGAGAGCCGUGCCGACAGAGGACGGCAAGAACUUUGCCAGCGAGAACGGGCUUUCUUUUAUCGAGACAUCCGCCCUCGAGGCCACGAACGUCGACCUCGCUUUCCAGAACAUCCUGACUUCUAUCUACCAGAUCGUGUCGAGCAAGAGCCUGGCGGAGGAAGGAGCAGACGUCGGCAAGAAGUUCGACCCGAGGGAAGGCAAUAACAUCUCGCUCAGCCAAGAGGGGGCAAAGGAGGAGUCGAAGGGCUGCUGUUAAUACCCGGGUCCGGCACGAUUGCAUGGCGUCACUUAUGUCUGAUACGAACUGGGGAAAUUCUUAUGGCCAUGGGGGACACGGAUCUGCUGCACCUUUGGGACGUUGGGGGGUGGUGAAUUCUUGAGGGGUUUAUUUCCAGCUUUGUUCUUUUUUGUUCUUGGUGCUUUACCUGUGCUUGCUGGGAUUUCGCGGUGGUUUACCAACCAUCCUCGACGGACGGAUC